AUGUGCGUGUGACGCUAACACGUUGGACUCGGAAGUGGCGGUGGAGGCGUGGUUGCCAGGGAGGCUGAGGGAUGGGGAAAGAACAGGAGUUAUUGGAGGCCGCGCGCACCGGUAACCGGGCAGCUGUGGAAAGGCUGCUUGGCGGAAAGCGACUCAGCGGAGCAGGGCCGGGCGGAACCACCGUUGGAGGCGCGGGACUUUCUGGAGGAGUAGCUUCUAAUCACCCACUGAGCAGCUUGCUUAGCAUAUGGCGUGGUCCCACUGUUAACUGCGUUGACAGCUCAGGCUAUACUCCCUUGCAUCAUGCUUCCCUUAAUGGACACAAGGAUGUUGUAGAAGUUCUCUUGAGAAAUGAGGCUGUUACCAAUAUUGCUGACUGCAAAGGCUGUUUCCCCUUGCAUCUUGCAGCCUGGAAAGGAGAUGCUUACAUUGUUCGGCUUCUAAUCCACCAUGGUCCAUCUCAUGCCAAAGUGAAUGAGCAGAAUGUCCCAGAGGUGAAAAAGUAUGGCCCCUUCCAUCCUUAUGUGAAUGCCAAGAAUAAUGAUAAUGAGACGGCUCUGCAUUGUGCUGCACAGUACGGUCAUACAGAUGUGGUGCGUGUCCUGCUGGAGGAGCUGACAGAUCCAACAAUGAGAAAUAAUAAGCUUGAGACUCCACUGGAUUUGGCAGCCCUGUACGGGCGCUUGGAAGUUGUGAAGCUGCUGCUAAAUGCACAUCCUAAUCUACUGAGCUGCCAUACGAGGAAGCACACUCCUUUGCACCUGGCUGCUCGAAAUGGGCACAAAGCUGUUGUCAGAGUGUUGCUGGAUGCUUUAAUGGACAUUAAUUACCAGACCGAAAAGGGAAGUGCUUUACACGAAGCUGCUUUAUUUGGCAAGACAGAUGUGGUUCUUAUGCUUCUGAAUUCAGGUAUAGAUGUAAACAUUACAGAUAAUAAGGGAAUGACUGCACUGGAUAUCGUCCAAGAGCUACCUUCUCAGAAAUGCAAACAGAUUGCUGCCCUUAUUAAGGAUCACAGCACAGUAAGAAAAGAACAGGAGCAGAUUCCUGUGAUGCAUGCACCUUCUUCCCUCAACACAGAAAUGCAAGGAGGGAGUAUUUCUAGAGCUCUCGUGGAUGUUCACUUGGAUCUGGUAAACAUAUGUCAAGCAGAAUCUCCAUAUGAAGCUCUCUACAAUGCCUCAUCCUGCCAUUCCCUUGACAGCAUCUGCAGUGAACACUCAUCUGAUAGAGAUUCACUUAGCUUUGAAUCUACAGGAGCACGUCGUAAGGAACUGCCACCUCUGCCAGCAAAACCUCCACCAGAAGAAGAUGAAGAAUUAGAAAGUAGUAGAGAGAAAAGAACUACUACAGUUAGUGAGACAUUAGGCAGUGCACAGAUUUCACAGGAGGAGGAGGAGGAGAACCCUUAUGAACUGCUAGUUACAGCAGAAACAAAAAGGCUGGAUAACAGAGGAGAACGACAUCUACAAGAGAUUUGUAGCAUCUCUCAACCUCAGGUCAGAUCUCGUCACACUGCACCACCCCAAGACCAAGUAAGGCCUUUAAACCGCCAUGGUUCGUCCGACCUUUCCAGUGGCCACUCUGAAGGGGAAUCCCAUGGCUCAGACAAACCAAACAGUGGGCAGCGGAGAAGCAGUUCAGGAGGCUGGAGUUUAGCUUCUGCAGAUAGUGGUGACUCUCAUACACUACAGCACUUUUCAGGUCUUCUUCAUGGUUCCUCACCAGUAUGUGAGACCAAAGAUCCCCCACUUGCUUGUGAACCUUCCAACAUAGAGGGCUGCAGAAAUGGUGCUGUUGCUCAGAUGGAGCUUCCUCUACGCAGGAGUCUGUCCAAGUCUGAUUCAGAUCUUUUAACUUGCUCCCCACCAUCGGGCACUAGUGGAGAUGAUUGGAAUCGCAGCGAAUCUUUCACUAACUGCUCAACUGUGGCAGGCAAAAGAAGUCUUGAAAAGUCACCCUCCUUUACAUCAGAAUGGGAUGAGCAGCAUCACCUGUGGGCCCCUACAGCUACCCCCAAACAACAUAUUGAUAAGAUAAUGAGUUCAAUAGGACAGGGCAUAGAGUUCUCGCAGGAGCAACAACUAAUAACAGGAUCGUCUCUUCCAGAGCAAAGUGUUGCCCACUGGUUGAAAUCUAUUGGGCUUCUGCAAUAUGAAAGCAAGCUAGUACUAAAUGGCUUUGAUGAUGUUCGCUUCUUGGCAGAUACAAUGAUGGAUGAUCAAGAUCUGGUCGAUAUUGGGAUCACAGACCAACCGCAUCGACGCCUGAUUUUGCGUGCUGCUCAUUCUCUGCCAGUGCCACCUGUCCUGUCUGCAGACCUCUCCGUAUCUUCAUGGCUACGAGCUCUUGCUCUACAUCAGUAUGUUCCAAACUUUCUUAGUAGUGGUUACGCUUCAAUGGAAACACUUCGGAAUCUAUGGGAGCUUGAGAUUGUAAACGUACUUAAAGUUAAUCUUCUGGGUCAUAGAAAGAGGAUAUUGGCUUCACUGGCUGAAAGGCCCUAUGAAGAUCCUCCACAGAAACCACCUCGAUUCUCACAACUCAGGUGUCAGGACUUACUAUCAUGUGGUUCUUCUCUUGUUUUGGGGGACCAUGUUACUGGUUUGGAAAAUGAAAGAAGCUGGACAUCAGGUGCAGAGAAUACAGUAGAACACCAAGCUACUCUGGUACCGACUGUAGAGGAAGAGCCCAGACUAUCUCUACGCCCACCCAAUGCUACCACUUCAUAUGCCUAUCUACAAAACUGGCAGCACCAGCCAGAAAAGUUAAUAUUUGAGUCUUGUGGUUACGAGGCUAGUUAUUUGGGGUCAAUGUUAAUCAGAGACUUACGAGGAACGGAAUCAACACAAGACGCUUGUGCCAAGAUGAGGAAAUCUACAGAACAAAUGAAGAAAAUACCUUGUAUUACUCUUUCAAUCAGCUACAGGGGUGUAAAAUUCAUUGAUGCAUCUAAUCAGAAUGAAAUUGCAGAACAUGAAAUUCGGAACAUUUCCUGUGCAGCUCAAGAUCCAGAGGACCUCUGUACUUUUGCCUACAUCACCAAGGACCUACAAACUAGCCACCAUUAUUGCCAUGUGUUUAGCACUGCUGAUGUGAACCAGGCCUAUGAGAUUAUUCUUACCCUUGGCCAAGCAUUUGAAGUUGCAUAUCAACUAGCCUUGCAAGCCCAAAAAUCACGGCACCCUGAAGAUGUAGCCAUAAGGCUAGCUAAACCUGUUCCUAAGCCUCGGGGCAGUAUUCGUCGACAAACAGUAGAAACACUGGAAGGAGAGCACUCUCUGCCCAAUUAUGGAGCAGUGUCUUGGGCAAUGGAUGAAAAGAAGUAGUGAGUGCAAUUUAAGGAUUCAAUGCCCUUCCAGUCCUGCCAUGUGGAAGUCACAGGAACAUCACUGAGCCAUGAAUAAUGCAGGGAAUAUAGUAACCUACCAAACUCGGACUUUGUACACACUGUACCAGCUAGAAAGCCUUGCAAAUUAGAAUUGACGGAACAUGAGUGGUACUAUCUCACCCCAAGAUUUUUUUUACACUUGUGGCUUGCCCUGGAAAUGCUAUGCUUUUUAUUUUUUCACAAGGAUUACAGCAUCAAGACCAACUAUCUUCCAGUUUUAUGUAGCAGUUUUUUGUGGUGAUAGUUUUUUUGGACAAUUAAAGGUAUUUCAUGUUCCUGUCUGACCAACCUACCUACACACUCGUUUGUUGUUCUUCAAAUUUUGGGCUUCCCCAAUGAACUGAAACAGAUUGUAUAUUUUGUUUGCUUGAUUAGCUUUUAAGGAGACUGGAGCUCUUACCUCACUAACCCACAGUCACAGUCCUUUUCCAGGAGCCGUUUUCUACUGCUCACGGUACAGUUAAAAAGAGAGAGAAAAAUUUGUGUGGUGUGUGUGCGUUUGAAUUUCUGCACACACUGUAACUUAUGAAUUAGCUAUCAGUAUCUGUAAAGGAAACAUGUAUUUUCCCCUAUUUUUAUGGUAUGUUUUAAGCCUAAUUUAUUCUUUUUAUUUGACAUUGAAAUUACAAGUGCAUGCGGUACAUUUCCUGACCUGUAUUCAUUUUUCAUUUGAUCAGAAAGCUAUGGGUAGAGAUGACAGUUGCUGCAUGCAACUGAAUCUUAGGUCUUCCAUCCAUGCUUGUUUUUCAAAUAUUCAAAAAGAUAUUCUGUCUUCUCGAUUGCCCAGAUGCAUUUCUGAACACCAAGUUAAUCUGGUGCUAUGUGAUUCCCAACACUAAUAUGUUUACUCAGUCCUAGUUGGAAGCUGCUACAUGUAAUUACAUAUUUACUCAUCUUUUAGUGAGUGGUGAUUCAUUUAUAUGACAUUUCCAUAUGGGUAUUGCCGAAAUGCACUCUCUUCCAUAUGAGCAUUAGGAAACUUUAGUCUAAAAGUAUGUUAAUGAGUGUAUUUGGUACGAUAGACAUAAAUAAUUCUAGAUCUAUCACUUUUAUUUUUGUUAUAUUAACUAAUGCUGUAUAAUAGUAUCUUUGUACAAUGAUAAUGAACAUUCUGGUGUAAUUAUGUUGAUUUUCUAUUUACCAAUUAUGAACACUGCUAUGUUGUUUUAUUGGUGGUAGGAUGCAUUGCAUAAAGAUGGGUAUCUUUACACAAACGUGUAUAGUCCAGUAAAUGAAGGUGCUUUGUAUCUGUAUAUUACCACUAGAAAUGUUAGCAAUUCUCUAAUUUAACUUUCAAAACUAUUGUCUACCAAGAACUUUUUUUUUAAAGAUCGGGAAUGUUUAAUAUUGGACUAAAGCGGUAAAGGUAUUCUAUACCAAAUCUGAUUUCAGUGGAUGUCCUUUUCAUUAAUAAACCCUGAUUUAUGGUAA